UUAUCAGCAGAAAAGCUCAAGCCAAAAAUUAUCAACUAAAAAUAAUUAUCGUGCGAUAAUUUUUAAUGAUUUUUCGCAUUAAAAUUACGUUUCAUACUCAGUUGUCAGUUCUGUUCUCUCGCGGUUAACCCGUACAAUUCUUUUGACGCGUUCAAAAUGUCAAUAAUAUAAUAAAUUUCUAGUGAUAACGUUGAUCAAGUUCUUUCCCUAAUUGAACCUCAAGUUUAAUCACAUUCAACCAUGUACCGAUACCGACACGAUUCUACGUCUGAAAGCAGUGAUAAUGAAAACCACCUAUCACUAAAUCCGAUCAAAACCUUUGACUUAUCGUAUACGCUUCUGAACGCCGAAGAUGUACGUAAGCAUAUCGACGAAUUUGAAAAUUCCGGCGAAAGAAAAUGCGAAUACAUAGAUACCGUUUUACUUAUACACAAUUCUUUGGAAAUGGUGCCAUUCAAUGUUUCGAAGUUCAAUAACUUGAAAAGAUUGGAUAUUAGCAAUAAUCACAUUACUUCGUUACCAGAUUUCAUAUGUUCUUUACCGCUGUCUUGCUUAAUAGCCAAAAAUAAUCGAAUUACCAACGAAGGAUUACCGAAGUCAUUCCGAAAUUUUAGAAAUUUAAAAGUGAUAAAUUUGAGUGGUAACAAUUUAUCACGAUUUCCAGAACAAUGUUUAGAAAACGAUUCCGUUGAAUUUUUAUACUUGGGAAGCAAUAAUAUUAUAGAUUUGCCGAAGGAAAUUGAUAGAUUAUAUAGGCUAAAGAUAUUAUGCUUGGGAGGGAACUACUUGACAGAAAUACCUUCAACUGUCGGAAGUUUAGAUAAUUUACAGGGUUUAAUUCUAAGCGAUAACGCUUUGGAAACGUUACCAUCUUCGAUCGCAAAUUUAAAAAAUUUGAAGUCAUUGUUACUGCAUAAAAAUCGAUUGCGGAUGUUACCAACGGAAAUUAUUGCCCUAAAAUGUUUGACUGAGUUGAGCUUACGUGAAAAUCCGCUGGUCGUCAAUUUUGUCAGCGAUAUGCAACAUAACCCUCCGUCACUCUUGGAAUUAUCAGGAAGAACGAUUAAACUACAUAAUAUUGAGAUACCAGAAGGCGAACUUCCAGCUACAUUGGAACAGUAUUUGAAAAGUGCACAUCGUUGCGUCAAUCCGAAAUGCAAAGGUGUCUUUUUCGAUAAUCGAGUUGAGCAUAUAAAAUUUGUGGAUUUUUGUGGAAAGUAUCGAGUACCGUUAUUGCAAUAUUUGUGUUCUUCCAAAUGUGUGGUAAAUAAUGCAGCUCUUCAGGGAAGUUACACUGACAACGCCAUGAUGCGUAAAGUUUUACUCGGUUAAUUAUAUUUUUUUCAAAGUUUACACAUUACCAACAUUUAUAUUGAUUGUUUUACUUUAUUUUAUUUAUAAAUUUUUAAUACCAGCGUA